UCAUAUCACAAAGAUGAGAUAAGAAUAGGUAUUACUUAGUAGGCUGGAUGUGACUCAAACUCAAACAGCGCACUGAGCAGGCUUAAGUCAGAAUUUAGAACAGAGUUUGAUUUUAUCAGUGUUCGUGUAAAUACUAACCUUUUUGUGUAAAUCUAUUAAGAAUAACAAUUUUUUAAUACGAAUUUGUUGGUAUUUAUGUAUAAUUUAUUGUUAUCUUAUCUAAAAAUAAGCUAUCGUCACAAAGAAGGAAAACUGUACAGAUACGAAAAUGUGGUCGAAAAAGAACAAUGAAAAAGACGAAAAAACGGUUGGGAGGACAACCCAAACUCAAGUUACUCGUACUAGUCAAACUGUGACAAUUAGGACAAUUGCGCAACACUCUCAGACCAUUUCUGUUCGUAACAACAAUGGUAGUAUUCAGUCAAGUACUAGUUUGUUACCCCUGAAUUUAAACAGCUCCAGCCACUUGCCUCUUCCAAACGCUCGAGCGAGGUCGUCAUCAACUUCUUACGCUGUUGAUGCUAAACCUAUAAAUGUAAAUUACCGAAGUCCUUAUCAGGCCUACAGUAGCAACAAUUACCUUCCAUCAACACUCGGAGCCAGUAACUUCAACCGAAAUUCUCCCGUUUAUAGCAGUUAUCAACCCCCAAGGCCCCAAACGGCCUUGCCCCCGGUUUUGCCAGGCACUGUCCAACCCAAACCGGAAACCGCCUCCAAAGAUAAAAAGUUGGUGGUAAAAAAGACAGGGAAAUUCUACGACGGUGCGUGUGCAAUCCCAACCUACGCAACGCACUCAAAACACCGGGGCGAAGUCCUGAUUAUCAACAACAUAAUGUUCAAGGAGAAAGGCUACCGGCACGGGGCAAAAGCCGACCACGAAAAUCUCAAAAGCGUUUUCAAACAAAUGGGGUUCAAAGUCACCUUCGAGCGCGACUUGCGAGCCUCCUCCAUGGCGUCGGCCAUCAAGAGCUUCAGCCAGAAAUCCUCGCUGAAGACCGCAGACAUUGCAGUCGUGGUCAUCAUGAGCCACGGCACCCGGAGCGAGACCAUCAUGGACACGGAGGUGUUCGGCUUGGACGAUAAGUCCCUCCUUGUGGAAGAUAUCCUAAGCCACUUCAAUGAAGACAACUGCAAAAGCAUGAAAGGCAAACCAAAAAUAUUCAUUUUCCAGUGCUGUCGGGGCGACAACGAGCAGUUUCUGCAAAGCGACGCCAUUCGCACAACGCAAAAAGCGUCAGUUCUUGCCGACGCACUUAUCGCAUAUUCAACUCUGCCAGGGUUUGUGUCGCAUCGGGACCCCCAGUCGGGCACGUGGUACAUCAGCACUUUGUGCGAGGUGUUCUGCCAACAUGCACACGAGUACCAUGUGGAGGAUUUGUUGAAAAUGGUCGAUGUCAAGUUGACGACUUUUGCAAGCGGGCGGGUGAGACAGACCACGCACUAUGAGAGCAGGGGGUUCAAGCGGUGCUACUUGCAUCCAGUGUAAAGUUUUCUAGUAUUUUAUUCAAAAAGCGCAUUUAGGAGUUGGGUUGAUGCAAAUGCUGUAGCGCUAUGAUUAACGUAUUGGUAUUCGCGACAUAUUUUAACUAAAAAUCCUACGGCGGUAUUAUCGUUUUUGAAUAAAAAGAUCUCAUGUAUCAACCCAUCUCCCUAAUAUUUUUUUAAAUUUUAUUUCGUUAGUAUUAAGUACCUGGAAAUACAGAGUUCUUGGUUAAUGAAGAAGUUUACUUCAGCUGGUUGCUUCCACAAAAAAAAUCUGAGAGCUUAGUUGGUCAACUGACAUCAACUUUUUCUAGCUCUAGUAUGACCGUAACAGUGUUGAAUUGAUUCCUAAGCUUAAAAAUCUCCGUAUGUGACGCCAUCUCUUCAGUAAUACACGAACCAAUCAGUAGGUUUAUUUCGCAAAACCCCUAAUUUUUUAUACUUCCUCCAUCAGGAAGUGAUCAUAAAUUAAAGUAAUUUAAUUAGUGACGUAAUUUGUAUAAUUGCAUAUUUUUUUAAUUAUUGUUUUUAAACAGACCUUUAAACCCAAGAGACAGAACGAAGCACUAUUUCAACAAUUUUGUUAAAUAAAAUCCACCCCAUUAAAAAUUGUGUCUUUAAACUUAUGGAAAACACUUAGAAUGAAAUGACAGAUUUAAUUUAUAUUUUUUUAUAUUACUUUACGUUUAAUAUUAAUUUGUAGACUUGUAAAGAAAAAACGAUUGAUGGACUUACCUCAUUAUUGCACUGAAUAAAAUAAUGUUCACAAAUUUUCGGUGUUAUAACAAAGUUGUUUAAUAACAUUUUAAUAAUUCCUUCUUCUUUAAUAAAAAAUGCUAAUGUCGUCAAAUUUCAGUAGACGCUUAAAAAUGGCCAAUAAAAUGUUAAAAAAACAUAUUCUUUCUGAUCGUUUUAUGUGUUUAGGAGAAUCAGUCAUAAGACUGUUCGUGUUACCGUAAUCGCCAGAUUAAGUGGCUCAUCUCGUUCAUCCUUCAUUGAUCAAGAAGGCUGUGCAGGAGGAUAAUAUAAUAAUAAUUGGAGGCUGUGUCCAACCGUAUUUAAAUAAUAAAACGUUUUGUAUUGUG